UUAAUAAAAAGACUCUAAUAACAGAUUAAUGCUUGUAUUAUGGCCAUGGUUGACUCACAUUCCAGGACAACAUCACCGGUGAAAGCCUUUUUUAGUCGUAAAUCCAAUUGAGCUGUUGCCAUUGCUGGUUUCAAGCUUCUCGGAAAUACCUUCGCAUCUUUGUCUUGUGACCCAUUUUCUGAUUUGAAGAAGUUCAUAUCUUGAUAUUUUGCAACACCUCAUUAGCCUCAUAAUUAUCACUCAGAAAUUUCUUUGGCCUUUCUCUUUAAAACUAUUGAGUCAUCGUUAUUCCUUUUGGUGAAAUACUUUGAAAAAAUUGCAAACCCCUUUGAGUCUUAUCUCGUGGUAUGAGUUCAAUUGAGAUUCAUAAUCUAAACACCUUGUGGCCUUUCAUUUUGUUUCCUCCUUUCAAUAUGUAUAUACUUCCCAUAAAUUCUUCUGGCCUCUGUCCCUUCUUCACAGUUUCUUGGCAAGGUUAUCUAAAUAGAUAACUAACAUGCCGAGGCCAAAGUCAAACACAUCAGAUGCUGCUGAAUCAUUGGAAUCUGAAAGACCAAGUGAGCGUGAACAGUCAGUUGAGUCUGAUGAGAAGGUUGAUUUUGAUCAAGAGGAUGAUCCUGAGGAAAUAUUGGAAGAAGAAGAAGAAGAGGAAGAAGAAGAAGUUGAAUAUGAAGAAGUAGAGGUAGAAGAUGAAGAGGAGGAAAUAGAAGAGGUGGAAGAAGAGGUUGAAGAAGAAGAAGAGGAAGAUAUUGAAAAUGCAAAUGAGGCUGCUGGUGAGGUUGAAGAUCAGGAUGAGAAGAAAAAACAUGCAGAGCUUCUUGCUCGUCCUCCUCAUGGCUCUGAAGUGUACACUGGUGGCAUUCCUCAUGAUGUUUCUGAGGAAGAUUUGAGGAGAUUUUGUGAGUCUGUUGGAGAAGUUACAGAGGUUCGAGUUAUGAAAGGUAAAGAUUCAAAUGAGAACAAAGGCUUUGCAUUUGUGACCUUUAGAAGUGUAGAAUUGGCCUCUAAAGCUAUUGAUGAGCUAAAUAAUACCGAAUUUAAGGGUAAAAAAAUUAAAUGUUCUACAUCCCAAGCAAAGCAUCGGUUGUUUAUUGGCAAUCUUCCUAGAAGUUGGGAAGAGGAAGACUUGAGGAAGGUUGUAUCAAAGAUUGGACCUGGAGUUACUAGGGUGGAAUUGGUGAAGGAUAUGAAGAACUCAAGAAAUAAUAGGGGCUUCGCCUUUCUUGAGUACUAUAAUAAUGCAUGUGCUGAGUAUUCAAGGCAGAAGAUGAUGAACCCUAAAUUUAGACUGGGUGAUAAUGCUCCAACUGUUAGCUGGGCUGAACCUAAAAAUUCUGAUUCUUCUGCUGCUUCUCAGGUGAAGGCAGUUUAUGUCAAGAAUUUACCAAAGAAUGUAACACAAGAUCAGCUAAAGAAGCUAUUUGAACACCAUGGGAAGAUCACAAAAAUUGUGUUGCCACCAGCAAAGGCUGGACAAGAGAAAAAUAGAAUUGGUUUUGUACAUUUUGCUGAGAGAUCUAGCACCAUGAAGGCACUGAAAAACACUGAAAAAUAUGAAUUGGAUGGCCAAGUUCUGGAAUGUUCUCUUGCCAAGCCACAGGCAGAUCAAAAAUCUGUUGGAGGCUCAAAUUCUCUGAAGCCUGGUUUGCUUCCAACUUAUCCACCUCAAGUUGGCUACGGUUUGGUUGGAGCUGCCUAUGGUGCUCUGAGUGGAGGAUAUGGUGUUGCAGGGAUUGCACAGCCUUUAAUCUACGGAAGGGGACCAACUCCUGCUGGCAUGGCGAUGAUGCCAAUGCUUUUACCUGAUGGACGGAUUGGAUAUGUCCUGCAACAGCCUGGAGCUCAGCCCCAAAACUCAACAGUAAAUCAUAGGAACAGUAGGGGUGGUGGUAGGAGAGGUGGAAGUUCAAGCAGGGGAAAGCAAAGCAAUGAUGGGCGCAGGUAUCACCCAUAUUAAUUGCAUAUGGUUUAUUGUGAUAAUAGAGGUUACCUUGCUUGAAAGUCCCCUAAGGUAGUUUGUUUCUCAAAAAUUCUGUUGGAUUUAUCUAAUUUAACUUGUGUGAUUGGGAAUCCUUGUAUAUUAUAAGGAUUAUUUUAGAAAUCACUUGGUCUAUUUGUUGCUAUCAGUGCUUCUGCUUGUAUCUCUCUUUUUUUGUGAAAAAAAAAAGUUCUUGUAUAUAUGUCAUAAAGAAUUCAUUUACAU